CAAAAGGCGAUUUGCCUGUCUACCCCUCAGCCUUGUGGCUUCGACCGCUUUGUUCAAUCAUUUUCUGUUAACUGGCACUACUUUCUCUUUCGGCUAUCUCAGCCCUCUGAAUCAUGGCCCAUCAAAUGCCUAUACCACAACACACUCAAUACCCGGGUCCGAUACCUCAGCAUCAUCAAAACGCUGGGCAACAGCGACAUAACUCGAGCGGACAACACCAGAGCUUUGGGCAAAACUCUCCAAGAGAGUCUGAAGAUUUUCCCUCAGAUUCCAUCCAAGCCCCUCUUCUCGUAUCAUUCAUCCUAGAGAGGCCCAGGAAUGAUAUCAGCUGGGAAGAUGUUGUCCCUGAGCAACAACACGUCAGAGCUCAUGACCUCAAAAAGGAGGUACUGAAGUUUCGACGUAACUACAACAACGUCAAAAAGGCUUUGGACGAAAUCUCCUCACCAAACUGUCGCAGAAUCAUCAAUGAACUGGUCGAAGAACAGAACAUCGCGCUGACUAAACACAACCCGACCAUGGAGUACAGGAUCGUGAGUCUGGUAAAGAAGUUCCGAGAACGCGCCUCUUUGACGCGCCGCGAGAGAUACCUGGCACGUGUGGACAUAAUCUUGGAAGCAGAAGACUCUGGCCUCCAAGGUACAAAGACAGGAGUUGGAAUGGCUGGCGAUAAACUUCAAGAUCUCAACAGGACCAAGCAGGGCGACGGUCUUCCACAGUUUCAAGGUCGAGUCAGCAAUCAAAGCCAGAAUAUGUCAGCACCACAACAAAUGCCUCAGCAGCGACCUCAAACUCAUGGCCCGCAUAACAUGCCACCUCCUCCACACCCUGAGCUACCGCGUGGCCAGCCUCCUCCUCUUCAUGUUGUUAAUCAAGGCAACAAUCAUAUGCCGAUACCCGCUCUCCAUGUACUGCCUCCACUUCCAAUUCCACCUCAACCACAUCCAAUUGGAGUUAUGAACGGGCAAACUCCAGUAGCUGGCCCACCUGCGCCGCCACCGCCACCACCACCACCACCACCACCUAAUGGAGGGGCCCAUCCAGCUAUGUCAGGACCUCGCGGGCACCAACCACCAAUCCAGCCACCCCUGCCACAGGGUCUAUCAGGAAUGCCCGGCAGUUACCCCGAAGCUAUGCCAAUGCCAGUGCCAAGGCACAUACCAGCUCGUAGGUCAGGCCCGGCCAACCAGACAAUGGACCCCGAGUUGCCUAGGAGCCAGCAAACCAAGCACAGGAGCCACAUGGAUUCGUCCAGCUUAUACUCCGAGAGUGAAGUUAGUUGGGAAGAUGAGUCGGAGGAUUCUAGCUUCGUUGACAUUGAGAGCGACAUGCAUGGGGAAAUGCGUCCACGCGAACCCGAACGCGGAAGGCAUGCUAAGGUGUCAAGGAACAGUCCGAAACAUCGUAUGCAUAGUAGAAGUAAGCGGCAAAGUCGAAGUCGCAGCCAGAGUCACCUACGCAGAGACAUUCACCAGCAAAAUGCACAGCGACCAAUGCGGAGACAUCGAACCAACAGUGAUAUCGACGAAGGAUACACUGGCAGACGUACGCCAGACAUACCAAGUUCGAGUUCUCCUCAACCCUUGCGUGCGAAGCUCUCUAGUCAAGUGCCAGCGAACAUCCACAUCCAUAUGAACACGAAUAAUAGUGGAGAUGAGAGAACACGCAGCGGCAAUGCCUCGCCCACCAGUCUCUACAGUGAAAAGAGAAUGCCAGGGAAAAUGUACAGUUCACACGACGAUAUGUCUGAUGCAUCGUGGGAUCGCGCAAGCGGCACUGGUUCCUGGCACACCUCGUCUGUCCACACGGCCGAAGAUAAUAUCUGGGAUGUACCUUCUCGCCCUCCGACUGUGAAGCAUGAGCACAAGCAACGCAAGCCGACUUUUACAGUGCGCCCAGACGCCUUUGAUCCGCAGCGUCGAAGCCCCAACUCCAACACUGCUGAUCUGCGUUCCGCACAAAGGCCUAGAUACCCCAGGGAACCAAGCAACGAGCACAUGCCUACUCGCUCAUCCAUGCGGGAGCCCAUGCGGGAGCCGGAGCCGGAGCCGGAGCGCGACCGUGAGCACGCAUCUUACACUGACGACCAACAACCCUACCAUCCCCGUCCUGAUCUUCCGCACCGCCGCACCACACCAGCCUUGCCUCGCGCCCAACACGCCAACUCAUUUGCUUCAUCAUAUCCUCAUCCCCCUCCUAAACCCGUCCGCGCCUCCUCUUUCACACCAGAUGUAUAUGAUCACGCGUACACACCAUCCCAGCUGCGUAAGAGACAGACAGAAGCUGCACCACGUGACGAGCAAAUUAAUCUACGUGACUUGCGCGAUGCGCUGGAAUGGGCACGCGAGAGGAACAAGGAGAAGGAAGGUAUGCAGUCGACAAGGUAUGGAGAUAAUGUCUCUAGAAGGAGGAGAAGGGAUUCUACCAUGGAUUACGAUGAUGAGUGGGAUUUUGAUCGAAGGGGCGGUAGGUACUAAGUUUACGGUCUUUUCCAUUCUUCUUCUUCUUCUUCUUCUUCUUCUUCUUCUUCUUCUUCUUCUUCUUCUUCUUCUUCUUCUUCUUCUUCUCCUCCUCCUCCUUUUUCCUUUUGUGCGCAUAUGAGGUUUACUUUCGGAGCGUGAUAUUUUGUAUUCUCUUUUUAUUUUCCUUCACGAUGUUACAAAUUUUGAAAAGACCAAAAACAACAACAGAGAAUUGCUACAUAUCGCUAAUCAGUUUCGCUUUUAUAUACAUAUAUACACAUGUAUAUCUAUGCGAUGCGCAUAAGACCUUUGUAUAGCUCACUUUCAUCUUUCUGGGAUAAGUUAUAUAGGUUUCGCUUCCAACGCACAGCAAUAUGUAUCCUUUGGUAUCCAAAUUCGCAGUAGUAAUAGCAAUUUGCACUUAGCUUCACUUUUACUAUUCAAUAUGUAUAUUUACCCUGAUACA